CUCUGAUCCGUCUCGAUACCUCUUACAGACGUGCGCGAUCUUUACAGCUGAAGAUCCCUGGUACUACUCUCGAUUCAGGCGAGCUAGCAAGAAAAAACGCGCAAGCUAUCUACCCGACAACCGCCUGAAAUGCAAGCCAUGGCGAAUGAGAUCGAGUGUCCGGUACAUGAUGUUAUUUCCACGUGUGGCAGCUAAGGUAUCUGGACGGCGGAAUUGGGCUUCUGUGACGACAAGGCUUUUGAAGCGAUCCACUAAGACUAUAGUAUCAGCGGGAAGGAGGGGCACUCCAGAAACAAAGCAGGUUUCUACCUAGCUACCAGCCGAGUGAUAGUUUGAAGGAGGGGUAGAGCGUUGGUACAGGAGAGUCGAACGUAUAAAAGACCCAAAUCUUUUCCACCUCGAGACUCUCGACACAUCCGUUCCGACCCAGUUUUCCAUCCAAACUCGCUUCACCCUCUUGAGUUUCCAACUUUUUGUCAGCUGUCUUUAAUCCACCAUCCAGCCAUCAUGUCUGACUUCCUCGACCGUGCGAAGGAGAAGGUGAAGGACAAGUUCGGCGGCGGCAGCGGAAACGACGACAGCAGCUACGACAACACGGGAAAUGACUCGUACGGGUCAUCUGGCCAGUCUGGCAGCGACAGCUACGGAUCGUCGGGAGGUAUGGGACGUGGCGGCAACGAUAGCUAUGGUUCCGACAACUAUGGCUCUUCGGGAGGUAUGAAAGGUAGCGGCAACGAUAGCUAUGGUUCCGAUAACUAUGGCUCUUCAGGAGGUAGGGGAGGUAGCGGCAACGACAGCUAUGGUUCCGGUAAUUAUGGAUCAUCAGGCGGAAUGGGUCGUAGCGGUGAUGAUAAUUAUGGCUCAUCUGGACGCACGGGAGGAAGCGAUUCCUACGGCGAUGACUCGUACGGGUCUUCGGGACGCACGGGAGGCAGCGACUCAUAUGGGUCUUCCGGUCGUGGUGGGGACAACUCUUAUGGCUCUUCUGGCAACAACGACGAUAGCUAUGGUAGUAGCAACACCGGCUCAGGGGGUUACGGCUCAGGCGGCUACGGCUCUAAUCAACGUGAUACCUCGGACAGCAGCUACGGCGGAGGAAAGACCACUGGAGAUUACGGUCAGCCUGGCAGCGAUAGUUACGGAAGCGGCCGACGCGGAGGCGACGAUAGCUACUAAAUGCACCACUCGCCAAAUCCUACCAAUGAAUACGCAAUGUAAUAAAAAAAACAAGCGCACUUCCUCGUUCCACAACUUCAUAUUGGCUUCAAUCUAGUCUCUUUGUUUUCCUGUCGUGAGCUUCAUCUACUUCGGCCAAAAGCCCAACAACAGAUCUAUCACAUAAACUUUUAGCGUCGGACCGAUGGAUCGGAUUGGUUCUCUGCUUGAAAAUCAACUGAUGGUGCAACGACUUCCUGAAUAAGGUUCAACUACGUCAUAAUGGAUUUAGCAACGUGAGGGGUAACUCCGAGAUCUCAUGUGGGGGCAUUCGCCGGCAACUCUAAUGCAACCACUUGGAACGAGUAACAUUUUGAGAACCUCUCCCGGUUGGAUUUUGACAAAGCACGGUUUUAACGAGCUGUACGAGGACUGUGUUUUUCCACAACCUGUGACGGAAAAUUCUAUUUCUUCCAACGUAAUCCUCGGUCUUAUGUAACUAGCUAGGUGUGAUCACUUGACUUUUCUCAGCAACAUCCCGUACCAGACCUUGACACCAAUCCAUUUUCGCCCCCUUUCCCCGA